AUGGGCGACGGCGACGAACACGGCGGCGGCGACGACGACGAACAUUGCCCCGCGCCCCGACGACGCCCGAGCCCGCGGAGGCCCGCGCACGGCGCGGCGGCGGCGGCGCCUUCGCGGCCGCCGCCCCCGGCAGUGCUCCGCGGGGAGCUCGACGCGCGGGGCCCGCGCGGCCCGCUGCUGCGGCUGGGAGGCACGAGCGGCGGCCGCCGGUGGCGGCGGCCGCCGGUGGCGGCCGUCGGCGACGUCGGGGUCAAGCCAGGGCGCGCGCGCGAGUUGAGGGAGGGAGAAAAGGCCGACGAGGGCAACAUCGUCUCCAGUAACGGCGGGUACUCUGGUACGCCUCUGUGGAAGCUGAAGCAGCAAGGGGCGUUGCCGAAGUUCCGCCAGGAGGAGGAGGGGCAGGCGGCUGCGGAGGCUGCUUUGCAGGAGCAGCUAGAAGCAGCUGAGGCUGCGGACAAUUUCCCGUUCCUCGUGGACGCCGUCAGCCUUGGCAGAGCCGAGGGCUCUAGCGAGAAGCCCCUCGUGCGCCACGUGAUCGUUAAGGACCUCCGCAAGGUCGCCGCGCGGUCGAAGGUGGCCCUGCCGUCGGGCGGGUUGUUCGACAACCGCGCCCCGGUGCUCCUUUUCGCCCUCUUCGACGGCCAGUCCUGCGCCGAACAGCCCGGGCCCCUCGCGGCCGAGUCAUGCGCGAAGCAGGUGUUGCCGAAGCUGUUGAGGAAUUUGUCGGCGUUGCCGCCGGGCUACGAGAAUGCAACUUUUAUCAAGGCUACCCUCACGAAAACGUUCGAGGACCUCGAUAAGGAGAUCCUGCGGGGGCAGCCGGCCAUCCACGACGGCUGCGGGGGCGCCGUGGCCCUGUUGAUUGGAAACAUGCUCUUCACAGGGGUCUGCGGGAAGUGCAGCAUCGUCAUGAGCGAGUGCUCGACAGAGAAGGGCAAGACGCUGGUGAAGGCUGACUCGAUGGGCCGUAACCAGGGCCGAUGCGACCUGCCCGAUGAGAGAAAGUAUUUGAUGGAGAACGGAGGCGUCGUGUUUCAGGCCGAGGGGGGCAACAUGCUAGUCAGCGGCCCGAACGGCGGCGUCGCUGCCGUCACGCGAUCGAUGGGCGAUCGUGCGUGGAAGGGGCCGGACGGGGGCACCCCGAACAGCGUCAAGCUGCUGCGCGGCUCCCCCGAGACCAGGGUCACCGAGAUGUCCUGGGGGAAGAGGCAUCAGUGCCUGGUGAUCACGUCGAUGCCGGUCAGCGAGGUGGUGACCCCGCAGGAGUGCAUCGAUAUCUCGAUGGAGUUCUUCGGGAAGCCGCGGGCUGCAAGUGGCGACAUCGCCACCAAGGCCAACACGGGAGAGGCGCAGUGCACGACGGUGGUUGUCUAUUUCCAGGACAAGGACGACAAGGCUUCGGCGGCGGUGCCGCCGCCCGCAAAGAAGGCGAAGCCCAACGAGAGCGUUCGUCUGCGGCAUAUCGUAGUGAAGCACAUGGACUGCGCCCAGCCGUUCGACCCGGUACGGAACAGGCCCGUGGCGCGAUCACGGGAAGAGGCCGAGGCGGUGCUUCGGACGGCGCUCCGGGAGCUGCUCCUGGAGGCGAAGACGAUGAAGACCCCAGCUGGGGAGAAGGCCAAGGCGACUGCGGCGCUGCAGCCCAGCCCCAAGUACCUUGCACUGUGCAAGGAGCUGUCCGAGUGCACGACCGCGCAGAAGGGCGGCGGCAUGACGGGCGACCUCGGCUGGCUGAGUGUGGACCAGCUAAUCAGGUUCGGGCCAGGAUUUGCGGAGACAGCCAAGGCCUUGGCCGUCGGCCAGUGGAGCGAUCUGGCGUCGUCCGAGCACGGCAUCCACGUCUUGCAGCGCAUCGCCUGA